AUGAAAUUCUCUGCUGUAAUUACUCUUUUGUGCCUCCAGGCCACAAGCAUCGUUGGACAAGAAGGUUUCUUAAGACAGGGUGGACGUGGAGAUGGCGGCGGUGAUCGAGGUGACGGCGGUAGAGAUGGUGGCGGCCGUGAUGGGGGUGGUGGUGGUGGUGGUGGAGGAGGUGGCGGUGGCGGCGACGGCGGAGGUGGUGGCGGCGGCGACGGUGGUGGCGGUGGCGGCGGCGAUGGGGGGGGUGGCGGUGGCGGGGGUGGUGACGGAAACCCGGGCCCUUUUCCUCUGACCGACUUUCGAUCCAUUGACGGCACUGACCGCGCAGUCACUCGUGCGGGCGACACCUUUGGAGAGGCGGAUGCUCCGCUCACGAGACAGGCAGACUCAGUGUCCUACACUGAUGGGAAAGAAGGCAUGUACGAGGGCUACAACCCUAGAACAAUAAGCAAUGUGAUUGUGAAGCAAGACACAACUGACCUCAACGAUCGAAGACUGUCAGACAUGGUGUGGGCAUGGGGCCAGUUCCUCGAUCACGACAUCGAUUUGACCGAAGGCGCAUCAUCCUUUGGGGUCGAAAACAUUGAUGUACCAAGUGACGCUGACGACCUGUUCUCCCAGAAUAAUUGUAACUCAAUGUCAUUCACUAGAUCGCACUAUGUGCUCCAGGACGACAGGAGGGAACAGGUCAACAUGGUGACAUCAUUCAUCGAUGCUUCUCAAGUGUACGGCUCUGACGAAGUUCGCGCAAUUGAGCUACGAGAACUCACUGAUGGACUCUUGAAGACAACACAGAACGGCCAGAUGCCACCGUUCAACGAAGCAGGCCUGGACAAUGCUGGUGAUGGUUCAGAGUUUUAUCUGGUUGGAGAUAUCCGAGGCAAUGAGCAUGCGGGUCUCACUGCGAUGCACACUCUGUUUGUUCGGGAGCACAAUCGACUUGCCACGGCAAUCAAAGCCCGUUGGGGCUCUGCUACUGAUGAGGAAAUCUACCAGCUGGCUCGCAAACUGGUGGGAGCUGAGAUGCAAAUCAUCACGUAUAAGGACUACUUGCCUGCUGUGCUUGGGACAGACUGGGCCCCAUCAUUGGGUGACUACCGCGGCUACGACUCUUCGGCAGACCCACGUAUCACCAAUGAGUUCUCGACUGUUGCGUACCGCUUUGGACAUAGUAUGCUUUCAUCCACCCUACAACUGGUAGAUCAGAAUGGCCAAGCAGGAUCGGUGGAGCUCCGUAAUCUCUUCUUCAACCCAUCCUAUUUCAGCGGCGAUCCCACCAAUGUUGACAAGUUGUUAGGAGGCUUUGUGCGCCAACAGGCACAAGAAAUUGACACGAUGAUUGUGGACGAUGUCCGAGAUUUUCUGUUCGUUGAUCCAACAAGUAGCGGGAGCUGCCUUGACCUUGCCGCACUGAACCUGCAUCGAGGCAAAGAUCACGGCAUCUUGAGCUACAAUGGCGUGCGCCAAGCUUUUGGUUUGGAUGCCAAAUCCAGCUGGGAGGACGUAACGUCCGAUGCAUCGCUUCGUUCCAAGUUGUCUUCUGUGUAUCCAUCGGUGGAUGACAUGGAUGCCUGGAUCGGAGCCUUGGCGGAGGACCACGUCUCUGGUGCUAGCGUGGGCGAGCUUGCUGCAACCAUCAAGAAAGACCAAUUCACAAAGCUCAUGAAAGGCGAUCCCAUGUUUUUCCGCAAUGACCCGGAUCUACAAGGGAAUUCACUCGAUGGCAUUUGGAAUGCCGACCAAGUAUCCCUCGAACGAAUCAUUCGCGAUAAUACCUUCCAUCAAACUGUUCCAUCCGCCUUCUUUGUCUAA